CUUGGCAUGACUGAUUAGCCAGUUAACAAAACUUUACGUGUAUUUGGCUAUGUAUUGUAUAAGAUGAACUUAAUCUUGUUAGUAGUUAACCGUGUGGUGUAAGUAGUUUCGAAAGUGUUGUUUACUUUUGGCGUGAUCGAAGAGUGCAUGUCGGAUUGAAGUGAACCAGAUAUUAUAGCACUUGGAAAUUUUCGAUAUUCCCUUAUUAUUUGAUGACCAGAAACGAUUGAUAUCAAAAUAACAGUCGGGUUUGGUACCCAAGAUGAGCUCGCACCAUCACCUGGGUCCUUCAUCCGGUGAAAUAGAACACAUUAAUUUUUUGUCGGACGACAUUGGUGCCUUGUACUUAUCAGAUGAUUACUCAGAUGUAACAUUGGUUGUUGCUGGUCAGCGGUUUAAUGCUCACAAGGUGAUCUUGGCUGCUCGAAGUCAAUAUUUUCGCGCACUUUUGUAUGGAGGAUUGAAGGAGUCAAAUCAACAAGAAAUUGAAUUGAAAGGAACCACUUUACCAGCUUUCAAAGGACUGCUUAAAUACAUUUACACUGGCCAUAUGUCUCUCGCCAAUCAACGUGAAGAAGUCAUCUUGGACAUACUGGGGUUGGCUCAUCAAUAUGGAUUUUUAGAUUUGGAAACCUCAGUCUCUGAUUACUUGAGGGAAAUUCUCAACAUUAAAAAUGUUUGUAUUAUAUUCGAUGCAGCUCGUCUGUAUCAGCUUGAAUUUUUAUCUAAGGUGUGUCAUGCAUACAUGGACAAACAUGCUCUAGAAGUCAUACAGCACGAGACUUUUUUACAACUAAGCCCGAGUGCUUUGAAUGAGUUGAUAGCGCGAAAUUCAUUCUAUGCCCCAGAAAUUGACGUGUUCCUAGCUGUGCAGGCUUGGGUGAAAGCAAAUCCGGAUCUGCGUGCUAGGGAUGUUGUAGGUCAGGUCCGACUAGGAUUAAUUGAUCUAAAAGAUUUAUUGAAUAUCGUUCGACCGACUGGGCUAGUAUCAUCAGAGGCUAUUUUAGAUGCAAUUACAGAAAGAACACAAACAAAAGACUCGGAAUUGAACUAUCGUGGUCGUCUUCUGAUCGAAGAGAAUGUAGCCCAUCCCAGACUUGGUGCCCAAGUUUUACAGGGUGAAAUGCGUAGUUUUUUACUCGACGGUGACACUCACAAUUAUGACAUGGAACGAGGGUACACUCGACAUGCUAUAACAGAUUCUCACGGACACGGAAUUUUAAUUAAAUUGGGAACGCAAUGUAUUAUAAAUCACGUGAAGAUGCUGUUGUGGGAUAGAGAUCUGCGAUCGUAUUCCUAUUACUUGGAGGUAUCGAUGGACCAGAAAGAUUGGGUUAGAGUAAUUGAUCAUACAGAAUACUUUUGCCGUAGCUGGCAGUACCUAUACUUUGAAGAAAGAGUUGUCUCUUACAUACGUAUAGUUGGAACCAACAACACUGUAAACAAAGUGUUUCAUGUGGUCAGUUUCGAGGCAUACUACACACACCAGCCAGUCAAGUUGUCUAAAGGUUUCGUUGUGCCAAUACGAAACAUUGCUACAAUGGAGCGAAGUGCUAGUGUUACAGAAGGUGUCAGCAGGUCUCGCAAUGCUUUGUUGAACGGUGAUACAUCCAAUUAUGAUUGGGACAGUGGAUACACAUGUCAUCAGCUUGGGUCUGGUGCCAUUUUAGUACAACUUGGACAACCAUAUAUGAUUGACUCUAUGCGAUUGCUGCUUUGGGAUUGCGAUGAACGUUCUUACUCAUACUACAUUGAAGUGUCUGGUAAUUCAUGGGACUGGGAGGUUGUUGCAGAUAAAACAAAAGAAGCUUGUCGAUCUUGGCAAACGCUUCGCUUUCAUCCGCCAAGACCAGUUGUUUUCAUUCGCAUUGUUGGCACACACAACACUGCCAAUGAAGUAUUUCAUUGCGUACAUUUUGAAUGCCCGGCACAAACAGAGGACGAAAAAGCUAUCAACUCACCUACUAAGCGAGGGAAAAAAUCAGUACUAAACACUCUUAAUCCCUUGAUGCCACCACCACCAGAAACUGCAACGGAAGCAGUCAACAUUGACAAUGAAGACAACUCGACAGAUGAUUUGAUGGCUGGCGCUGCUGUCUUUUAAAAAAUACCGACUAGGCUUAACACUGUAUUAUCAACUAAGAAUUUCGGUUAAUAAGAAUGUUUCAACGAGGUUCAAGAUUCAUGUGAGUACUCUUCGAAACUUUUUUGUAAUCACAUUAGUUUAAAUUCAUUUCAACUUGAUGCCUGGCAUAUGGGAUGUGUCCAGAGUUUUUUAUUGAAUACUGGCCACGAUUGCGACUGAUGCAGUCGAUUUUAACUGAAGCCUGAAUAAGCCGCCCUUUUUCUUGAAAGUAGGGUGGCCAGUAUUUGAUAAAUGACUCCAUAUAUAAAUAGAAACGUGGUAAAAUGCCCCCAAGCUGUUGAGAUACAAAGUGAUUCAUCUAUGUGUACCACGCCGAUUUAAGAAACUAAAAAUAAGUUGAGGAUACUCGCUACUGAAAAAAAAAGUCGUUCAAUUGGAGAAAAAAUUGAUUUUGCUGGAAAACCGAACGGAAUUUUCAACCAUGCUUGGAACAAAAAAAUAUAAAAACAACCACUUCUAACAGUUAUGAUUGUACGGUGUCUUUAGUAUAUUGAGUUUUUGAAAAAAUCUAAUAUACAUAACCACCUAUAUAUGUGUACCAUCAUGGUACGAACUAUAUCAAUGCCAUAAAAAUCUGAUUGUGCAGGCAAAUAUAAAUAUACGUAAUGACAACGAUCUUUGACUUAUUGCAAAGUUACUAUUUUUUUAAAUUAGUAAUGUGAGAAUGUAAAAUUUUUUAUUUCGUUGUGCUUAGUGACAGACUUAAACAUGUUUCAAUGCUAUAUUUUUUAAUACGGAAUGUUAUUCAUAAGCGGUAUGACUUGAGCGUAGAAUAUAAAUACAUUGUCAUUUUGAAAUCUUAAAAUUUCUGGCGCUUGAAAGUAUGACAAAUGAUUAUCAGAGACGUACUAACGAACCCCAAAAUACUCUUGCUACAUCUUAUUCAUAGUAUGAGAAGAAGUUAUUUAUUUAACUAGGAAGUACCUAUAAAAAGUAGUAUUUUUCUUCGGAUUAGCUUUCGUUUUGAUAUCAUUUUAAUAUGUUAUUCUACAUAAUUUAUAAAUUCCCAUAUUUUUCAUCUUAUCAGGAAUUAAUCCGCAAAUUCUCAAGACCUGUAUGUUCAUAAUGAUCAUGUUCUAUAACUUGAAAGCUUGAAAGUAGAAGUUGUUAUUUUCAAUUAUUGAUAGACUAUAGGAGAGUAAUAAUUGCUCAAUCAAAGGUUAGUACAAUUCCACAUCAUUCUCAGGUUUAACGUUGAUAUUUUAUGAUCAAUUUACUACUCUACAUAUGCAUACAUGCAUACAUGUAUAUGCGCGUGUGUGUGUGUGUACAUAUUUAUAUACUUAUAUAUGGAGGUUUGGUGUCAAUUUUUUUCUAGUCUUCCUCCGUCAACAAUAUGUUACUAUAGAAAUUGGGUAAAAAUGGUGUAGACUAUUGCUAAAUAAAUCAGUUGAAAA